AUGAGCUCGCCAAAUCACCGCUCCAGUCCGGUUCGCCGGCCCUCACUCCUCUCUCUUGACGACAACCAUCACCACUAUCCGCUUGCCACUCGAACCGGUACUCUCGCCUCGCUCAUCCGCAGCCGGUCUCAACAGAGCUUGGCCGGCUCUUGGCCUCCUCCCCUCCAUCGCCAUGGCACCGACGACGAGGAAGCUGGCUUGUGGAUGCGCCACGAAGAAGACGAUGCCAUCGAGCGCCUCCUCCGGGAUGAGAACCGCCUGAGUCAGAUUCUCAAGGGUCCGUUGGCUCGCAGCAUGAAUCUGAUUGGUAAAAGCAACCCUCGCUAUCAAUGGGAGCGCUACUGGAAACACGACGACGAGUUGCAGACCAUGAAGAGGCCCAUACGAGAGUACUAUGAGCGGACAAACGAGCUCAUUGAGCAAUACAUGUACAUAGACUGUCUUCUGGACUCUUCCAUUCCUCACGAUUUGCUCAAUGAGUACAAUGCCGAGCUCGAGGCCUCUGCCUUCAGGCCCAUCGAUGUCCCCGCCACCAUUGCCGAGGAACCAGGCUCAUCUCAGUCUCUGUCCGAAUCUGCAUCGGCGUCUCUCGGCGCUUCAAUGGAGCAGUAUCAGCAAGCUUCGGGCUCAUAUGGCACCAUCAACGGCAACGGCAACGGCAACGGCAACGCCAGCGCCAGCGCCAACGCCAACGCAAAUCCCAACACCAGCGGCUCGCCUGUCGAUGAAGUCUCCAAGCAAGUGGCGUUGCCUCAAAAACGGACACCAAAGGACAUCUUCCGAUCUUCUGAAAACUUGCCUCUGUUGAAACACGCCCAUGAUGAUGGCGAGGGAGAGGAUCGCACGCCGCACGCCGCUGUUCAGUCCAACUCCAGCGACUCUGGCCCACGGCCAAAUCUUCCGUGGCUUGAGGAUGCCGAAAUUGACAGCGAUGAUCCAAUUGUCAUGCUCGCCAUCUGGGUGAACAUGAUUGCCAACAUUAUUCUGCUCGUCGGGAAAGUCGCCGUGAUUGUAUCUGUGCCUUCCAUGUCCGUACUGGCUAGUUUGGUAGACGCAGUUCUCGACUUUCUUAGCACUGCUAUCGUCUGGACUACUACACGAUUGAUCUCGGCUGGUCAGCAGGAUCAGCAUCACUACCCCGUUGGGCGUCGUCGGUUGGAACCUGUGGGAGUCCUAGUCUUCUCCGUCAUCAUGGUCACAUCUUUUGUCCAAGUCGGCCUCGAAUGUGUCCAACGUCUUGCAAAACCCGAACACGAGAUUCUUCAGCUCGGCCUUCCCGCCAUCAUCAUCAUGGUCAGCACGAUCGUUAUCAAAGGCGGAUGUUGGGUCUGGUGCAGGCUAGUUAAAAAUUCUAGCGUUCGAGCAUUGGCCGAGGACGCCAAGACCGACGUCAUUUUCAACAUCGGCUCAAUCUUCUUCCCCAUCGUCGGCUUCUACGGCCGAAUAUGGUGGCUCGACGCUGCGGGCGGUCUUGUCCUCUCCCUCGUCGUCAUCCUCACAUGGAGCCAAACAUCGGCCCAUCACGUCCGCAACCUCACCGGAUUCUCGGCCCAACCCGACGAACGUAACCUCCUCCUUUAUCUCACCAUGCGCUUUGCAACCGCCAUCCGACAGAUUCAGAAUCUGCGCGCCUACCAUGCUGGCGACAAACUGUUCGUAGAAGUGGACAUUGUCCUGUCGGCCGUUACGCCCCUCAAGGACAGCCACGACCUAAGUGAAGUGCUCACGUAUUUCUUGGAGUCGGUGCCCAUUGUGGAUAGGGCCUUUGUGCAUGUAGAUUACACGAGUUAUAAUGCCCCGACGCACAUGCUCAAGCAGAGCUCUGCAUGA